AUCGUUCGUUUGUAUCGGCAAAAAAAGGCGGAAGCGUCUUUCGGUAUACUCGGUAUUCAUCUCGACAUAAAAGAAAAAAUAUAAUAAUUAUAAAAAUUUCUUUUACAUAACACAGCGUACAAGAUGAGCGUCGAGGAGGAUGUUAUGAGAAUUCAGAAAAAAUUAAAUAAAAUGACUUCGGACGAUGGAACUGGACAAGAACAAGCAUUGGAUCUUUUAAAAGAACUCCAAACCUUAGAUGUCAACCUGGAAGUUCUAACAAAGACCCGUAUAGGAAUGACAGUAAAUGCUCUAAGAAAGUCCAGUAAAGACGAUGAAGUGAUCAGUUUGUCCAAAACACUUAUAAAAAAUUGGAAGAAAUUUAUUUCCGGUACUAAUUCUAAUGAAAAAUCUUCUAGUAGUAGUUCAAAUAAACCAAAAAAGGAAAAGGAAGAAAAGCCGACUCGUGAAGAAAAAGAUAGGGAUAAAGAUAAGGGAAUGCUUCCCAAACAGUUUCCAGCUAGUUCAAAUACCACAGAUUCUGUAAGAUUGAAGUGCAGAGAAAUGUUGACGGCUGCUAUAAGGACAGAUUCACAAGCUGACGAUUUUGAAGGUUGUGCCUCAGCUGAAGAGUUAGCAGAAGAGCUAGAAGAAGCAAUCUUCCUGGAGUUUAAGAACACAGAUAUGCGUUACAAAAACAGAGUUCGCUCUAGAAUAUCCAAUCUGAAAGACCCGAAAAACCCAACUCUGAGAACAAACUACCGAAUCGGAGUAAUCACGGCAGGACGUUUGGCUGUAAUGACAGCCGAAGAAAUGGCCAACGAUGAGGUGAAGAAACUCAGAGAGAAAUUCACUAAAGAAGCUAUCAAUGAUGCCCAAUUGGCGACCGCGCAAGGUACUAAGACGGACAUGCUUAAAUGCGGAAAAUGUAAGAAGAGGAAUUGUACUUACAACCAGUUGCAGACAAGGUCAUCUGAUGAACCUAUGACUACUUUUGUAUUGUGUAAUGAAUGUGGAAAUAGAUGGAAGUUCUGCUAGUUAGCGAGGUUUUAUUAUUUUUGAAUUAUCUAAUAAUUUUGUGUCCUUACUGCAUAUUGUAUUUACCAAUUGUGCAUAGGAAUUAUAGUGAAUAAACAAUAAAUUUUUGGAAAAUG